GUGAGCGUGUCACCCAGAGAGGACAGAAAAACUCAAUGAAAUCAAAGCAAACCUUUAACGCUUAAUUUGACCGAUAUUUAUCCCUGCGUUCAGUGUCAAUGCGACGUUUCGGUUUCCAGCGCACAAGAACUACUUUUGGGUACCGUGAAGAUUAAUAGUAAAAUUUAAUCUUUUUUCUUUGUAAAAAAAAAAAAAAACAUUAUCUUUUUUUUUUGAACUUGGCUCAGACUUUAUUUUGGUGGAUUUUAAUAUCUUUGAAGACUUUAAGUCGUGCUCACUCGAAGGAAGCAUGGAAGCUGAGAACACCGCGGGCGGACCUGAGGAGCUGCAGCUCGAACCCUCAGGACCAAAAGCGCGUGCUGGGUCAAUGCACAAACACUGCCAUGGGCUGGCUGAAUCCUUGGAAGUUGAGCAAGAAGGGCUGGUGGAGCACCAGCCUCUGGAGCAGGAUGAUCUUAACUUUGAGAGAUGGAAGCCCAAGCCAAAGCCCAAGAGGACACUGCAUGAAAAAAUAGAUGACCUGAAAACAUACCUGUGGAACCCUGAAACCAAGGAGUUUAUGGGGCGAUCAGGAAAGAGCUGGAGCCUCAUUCUUUUUUUCUACUCUGCGUUAUACAUUUUCCUGGCAGCCAUGUUUGCUGGCUGUAUGUGCUGUCUCAUGUGGUCCAUCAGUCCUUAUGCCCCGACCUACAAUGACCGGGUGAUGCCUCCAGGUUUGACGAUGUCACCACAUGUAGAUGUUGUCCAUGGAUUUGAAAUCCAUUUCAAUGCUUCGGAUCGCAGCUCGUGGAAGAAAUAUGCAAAAGCACUGGAGGCUCAACUUAAAACCUAUGAUGACACAGUUCAGAAAAGGCGUAACAUUGAAUGCAAACAGGGCACAUACUUCAUGCAGGACAACCUGGAGGAGAGUGCUGAGAGAAAAGCAUGCCAGUUUAAGAGGUCCUCACUGGGGCCAUGCUCAGGCAUGGAGCAAAAAGACUUUGGCUAUGCUAAUGGAAAGCCCUGCAUCCUCCUCAAAAUGAACCGAAUUCUCGGCUAUCUACCUGGUCAUGGUACUCCAGUCAAUGUGACAUGUGCUGUUAAAAAAGGGACACCGGAGGAGCUGGGAGAAGUAGAAUUCUACCCCAAAAAUAUUUUUGACUUGAUGUACUAUCCUUAUUAUGGAAAGCUCAGGCAUGUAAACUACACUUCUCCUCUGGUGGCUGUUCGUUUUCCCAAUCUCCAGCUGGACGCUCUUCUACAUGUGCAAUGUAAGCUAAACGGCAAGGGGAUAAUCAAUGAUUCACCGACCGACCGCUUCCUCGGUAGUGUGUCUUUUAAUCUACAAGUUGGUGCGUAGUGUGGAAGUAGAAAUGCAGAACCAACUUCUCAGUGCACAUGAUGGUUAAAAUAGUCAAACAUACCGUCUUUACCCAUUACCCAUUUACCCUUUACACAUGUUCCUGCCUUACACAUGUGUUUAGUACAUACUUGCUUACAAACAAAAUGCCCCAGUAGACUACUAAGAAGAGCAGUAUAUAAUAUUUAGAAUACUAUAGGAACUUAGGUUUUUUGUUUAUUUUUUAUCAAACAUUAAUAUUUGCUACUUUAAGUGGGGGAAAAAAAUCACAAAUUAAGGUAUUUGAGCCAAACUUGUUCAAAUGUAGAUAUACACUGUACAGUAAAGAGGGUCAGUAUUGGGUUUUUGGUGAGUUUACUAAAAUAUCUUUAUCUAAAGUCCAUCGUGUGUUUGCUUUCUUUUUGUACAAAUCAAGAGAUGUUUAGCUCUUAAGCCAUACAAAUGAUUAAUUGUUUAACCACCACUUUUAUGAAGAUAUGAAUGAAUGAAUGAACGAAUGAACGAAUGAAUGAAUAAAAGAAGAAGCAAAAAACAAAACUGGUGGUUUAAUAUACCAAAAUUCCAAUAUAGCUAGUUAUUCUAAUGGAACAAAUAUCCACUUUAUAGUACAAGAAAGAACAGACACAAGUAUUGAAAAUGUUAUUUAUACAAUUGGCAGCCAGUUUGAAUCCAUCUUAAGUGCAAAAGACUUCUUGUAUCUAGUUUGAUUAUGCAGUAUAUUCAAGAUGAUUUUUCUCUCUUCAGUUGUGUGUUAAACAAUUAUUCAAUCAUGAAUGGCUUCAA